CUGGGCCAAUGAGCGGCGGCGGGAGGUGAAAUCCGGUUCUAACCGGUCCGGGGCUCCCAGCGCUAUAAAAACUUUAUAAACCCCCCGGAGCCUGAGCAGUGUGAAGAAGAAGAGGCGAGAACGACCCCCGGACCGACCAAAGCCGCGCGCCGCUGCAUCCCCGCGUCCAGCGCCUGCGUCCCACCGCCGUCGCCACCAUGCCCAAGAGAAAGGCUGAAGGGGAUGCUAAAGGAGAUAAAGCCAAGGUGAAGGAUGAACCACAGAGAAGAUCAGCAAGGUUGUCUGCUAAACCUGCUCCUCCAAAGCCAGAGCCCAAGCCUAAAAAGGCCCCUGCAAAGAAGGGAGAGAAGGUACCCAAAGGGAAAAAGGGAAAAGCCGACGCUGGCAAGGAUGGGAAUAACCCUGCAGAAAAUGGAGAUGCCAAAACAGACCAGGCACAGAAAGCUGAAGGUGCUGGAGAUGCCAAGUGAAGUGUGUGCAUUUUUGAUAACUGUGUACUUCUGGUGACUGUACAGUUUGAAAUACUAUUUUUUAUCAAGUUUUAUAAAAAUGCAGAAUUUUGUUUUACUUUUUUUCUUUUUUUCCUUUUUUUUUUCCUUUUUUUUUUCUUUUUUUCUUUUUUUUUUCCUUUUUUUUUUUUUUAAAGCUAUGUUGUUAGCACACAGAACACUUCAUUAUUGUUUUCAGGGGAAGGCGCAUACGUCACUAGUAGAAUGUCUCCAAAGCUGGAUUGCUGUGGGGGAAAACACCUUCCCCUGCUAGUUUUGAGAGACUUCCUCUUGGCUCCCAAGAGGAGGGAUUCCCUGAUGUUGGCACACAUAGCCACCUUGGCACAAACGCCUUGUGGUAUGGAAAAACUCAAAUUCAUCUUAUGUCCUCCUCUCCCUCUCUGCCAUCGGCAUAGACUUAACUCCCCUACACUCAGACCUGUUGGGACCUGUCUCCCAACAAUUGGUUUUACCAGUGUGUCGGCAAUCUGGACUUCCCAGUGACAUCAUUGAGAUAUUGUCCCUCAGAAGAGCAGCAGUUCCUUUUCUAGAUUGUGGAUCUUCAGAUUAAUAAUUUUUGCCAUUUUCAUUUCAUUUCCUGAAAGUCAGGGUCGGCUUGUGAAAAGUUGUUAAACAACAUGCUAAAUGUGAAAUGUCAACCCUCACUCUAAACUUUCCCUAUUCAGAGCAUCAAAUGAAGAUUUCAUUGGGUUUUAUAGUGGCUUUCUGAUUUUGGUAGUCCAUCGAAGAAGGGAGUUUGAAAGUUGUUGUAUACUGUUAACGAUUGUCUGCCCAUGUCCUGCCUGAAAUACCAUGAUUGUUUAUGAAAAGUAUCUUUAAUAAAGCUGGAUACAGUUUGGCUUGGAA